GACGUCUCUUAUGACAUUCUGUCAAAAGUGUUCCCGUCUUAUUUGUAUACUUUUACUCGUAAUAUUUUCGUUCCGGAAAGAUUCAAAUUAAUCCAUCAAAAGUAAAUUGAAUAAGUGCAUCGAAUUGAAUGCUCCCCGUUUAGCAGCAAUUGUCCAAUCAGUAAGGUAAACGAUUUCAACGCCUCGCCUAGUGUACAUACGGACGUCCAACUCAAACAAGGCUGUUUUUCUAUUUGCUUAAAAAAAAGGUAGAUUCCGAUAAAGUUAUCGUUAUUGGCUGCUUAUCUCUUUGUAGAUAAAGGCUUCGGGUCAUACUGGAAAUAUGUAGAGCAUCAUUCGAUGCUGCAUUAGUAAUGUGUCUACUGUUUUUCAACGAUAUGUAACAACCGGAGAAAUGUUUGUUGCCAACUUUUAUGUCGGCUUGUUGUGCCUCUGUUUUCUUUUCACUAAAGCCCUGUGUAAAGUGGGGCGAAAGUGCAAUUCAUCCAACGCUAUUGACGAUGGUUCUUGCCUGGACACUGAAGUGUGCGAUGAUCUUACCAAUUCUUGCAUUUGCGGGCUUUCCUACGUCGAGCUCAACUUCACAUGCUCGACCUGGGCCGAUCAGCCCCAAACAACCCCCAAGUACUCCAACUCAGUGGACAACCAAGGUAGCGGAUCCCUUGUAGCGGGCAUUCUCAUUCCUCUAUUUUUAAUUGCCUUUGUGAUAUGUGGUGUUUAUAUAAGUAAGCGGUUUGAAUUAGUUAAAUGGCUGAGGGAGAAGUUUGGGCAAAGAAAUCGAACUUACGAUGAGUUCAUGAUCGGGCAAGAUGACGAUGAUGAUCUGCCGAUUGCAUAUUAAGAAAGACCUAGGACAUGUUUAGCUAAAAAUUAAUUUCUCAAAAGUACCUCUAAACUGCCUACUGUAAAAAUGCUUCGCAAUUUAACAAUUUCUUAAAUAAUUCAAAUAACUGCACAAUUUUUGAAAGGUUUCGCUUGUUAAUCCGAACAGCCUGUUAGACCGGAAAUACUGGCUGUACUAGAUGAAGCAUUUGUAUUACUGGUUGGUUUGAGCCGACCUAUUAUUAACAUUAUGUUGCCCUUUAACUCAGUCAUUAAUGUAGUAGUCUGAGAUUUUAAUCUUAGUUAUUUGAUUUAAUUGUUUAAUAUGGACGUUACCAAAGUUUAAAUAUAAGCGACUGUCGUAAAA